CUAUUAUAUGCCCUCUUUCUUCUUCUUCUUCUUCUUCUUCUUCUUUUUCUCUGGCUCUUAAUCUACAAUAUCUCUCUUGAGUCUUCCAAAAUUUUUUCCAAUAAGCUAGCUAAGCAAUGCUUUCGAGAUUCAAGAUCCCCUUCAAGAUGGAAGAGCAACAUGAUGAUAAACAGAGUCAUGAUAGCUCAAUGAAGAGCUCGGUGGCUGUUGGGUUGCGAAUCCUCGUGCAGAUCUCAAACGGAAAGUCCAAUAUUGUUGUCAAAUCUGCAGUGAGACCAAGACACCACCAACACACAACAACAUCAUCUUCCAUCGAUGACUACUGUUUUCUCAAAACCUGUAAUCUUUGCAACGUGGGAUUAAGUCUUGAUAAGGAGGUCUAUAUGUACAGGGGUGAUCAGGGCUUUUGCAGCGUAGAGUGCAGGGACAGGCAGAUAUUGAUGGAUGAAAUGAAAGAAUUAGAGGCUUCAACAAAGAAAAUGAUAGCAUCUUGCAGGAAUUGUUACAAAACUAGUAGUGGAAGGAACAAUGAGACUCGCACUCUACUACAGGACAUGAUUAAUCAUAGACAUAAGCCAAUUAUCCCUCGUCAAAGGAAUCAACCAAUACUCUCUCUCUCAUAGUUGAUAAUUUAUAUAUAUAUAUAUACAUGUAUAUUGAUAUUGUUCAUUUCUACCGGAUAACAUGGUCCAACUUAGCUUAUGAUGGGCGUUUGCAUCCUAUUACUGGUAAAAGGGCACCUGCAAUAUCAAUGUUCUUUUUUUCCGGGAAUUAUACGGUACACAAUGUCCAGCAGAAUAAGAUUUUGAUAAAGAUAUUGUCUUUUGUCUAAUGAAGAGGAUGAGCUAAUUAAUAAUAACAUAUUAUUAUAUAUUUGUGGUAAA